CCACUCCACGUCUCUGUACCCACUGUUCCUCGCUGUUUGCUCCAGAGAGACCACACUGGAACCUCUAGCUUCGCCCAGAUGUACAGCAAACUGGACACAGAAACACGUGGGCACUCAAACUCAGCAUAACAUCUGCCAGGGAAACGGACGCGCUCGGGGCGAUCCUGAGGGAGGACACGCCCUCCUCCUGCACUUGUCAAAGGGCACUGAUCGCAAAGUACAUCACAGUGCACAAAGACGCUCACGCAAAUGACAUCGGGACACUUUGAGUAAUAUACAAACAGGACUUUAAACUCACUUUUUACUAAUUACCAAAAUGAUGCCUUUUAAGAGAACUUUCGAGAGCGAGAAACACCAGCUGCAGGAGCUCAACAGCAGACUUUUCCAGUAUCUCUCUCGAACGAAGCAGCUGGAGCAGGAAAAUGUGCAUCUUAUUACUGAAAUAAACAAACUGAGACAAGCAAAGACGACAGAAUUGGAGCCCAAGUGCAAGGGCGAGAUGCGGGAGCUGAGGAGAAUGGUGGAGCAGCUGUCGUUUGAAAAGUCACAGGCUGAGAUGGAGAGGGAGAAGCUAUGGCGGGAGUUGCAGAUGGUCCAGUCCCUGUGUAGCGAGCAGACUGGGGUGUGCAGGGACAUCAGUGGCGAGCUGAAAGGCUGCGAGAAGGAUCUCCAGCACGCGCACAAGAUCAACGUUGAACUCCAGCAGCGUUUGUGUCAACUAGAAAAUGAGAGUAAAGGCUUGGAAGAAGUGCAGAGAAAGGAAAAGGUCCAUCUGCGGCGUCAGGUGGACUCCCGCAUGGUGCCCAUCAUCACGCAAACUUACCGCGGGCCUCCUGCAGCCACCAUGGAGGAGGUGCAGGAGUAUGCCCGCAGUCUGUCCGAAGGAUGGAUGGAGACCUUUGAUAUGUACCAGAGGAAGGUGGAGGAGAUGGAGCAGUCCAUUAAAGAGGACCAGGAGAGGAUGAGUGGUCUGCAGAGGGAGAAGAUUAUGUAUGCCUCUGAGUUGGACAAAUUACGCAGAGAGGGCGACAAACAAGGGAAGAUUCAGUUCCAUCUUGAAGAAGAGCUGAUGCACAUGCAGGAGAAAUUCAGGGUGGACUUCAGUGAAUAUCAGAUGAUUAUUGAGGAGUUGGAGCAUGAGAGGAAUUUGAUGGCUGACACUAUUGCAGAAAAGAUGCGAGACCACCAGAACCUUCUGCAGGUCAGGAUGGACCUGGGCAUGGAGGUGGCUUCCUACAGGGCUCUCCUGGAAGGUGAGAGAAUGGUUCUGCAAGACACUCAUAGGAGGGUGACUCCACAGCACCGAGAAAGAAUAAUAGAUAUAAGGAUGCCUGCCCUGCCCUACACUCAAAGAGCUUCCACCUCAACCAGCAGACAACACACAAAUACCAGGUACACACCGUCAACUUCAAACCUGACGAGAUCUCCUCUGCCUUCCUCUGGAUCCACGAGUCCCUCCAGGGUCAUUCCUAUUUCAGUUGCAGCCAGAGCUCGGCAUCAGAGUCCUGCAUCUAGAAGGGACAUGAUCUCAUUCACCAAAUCUCGGGCUUCCACCCCUGCCCCUGCGACCACGACCACCUCUGUCACCAAAGAUAAACCGACAAGCCAGAGUGAAUACCAAAUUAAACAACAUGUCCAGAAAACAGAAGCAGAGGAAAUCACUGAUGAGAUCAAAAAGAUGGAGGAUCAAGCCAGUCACAAGACUUCCUCUUCUACUGAUACCAGAUCAGUGAGAGUGGUGUCCCCGCAAAUGAUGAGCCUGAGCAAGAAAACUGAGGCAGAAAACAAAAAGCAAGUGUCAGAUGAAAAAGAGAAAGAUGAUGUGAAUGAAGGGUAUUUCAAAGACGAAUGGAAAACAGUGUCUACAAUUGUCCCUAGUGAGAGAAAGAUUUUUAAUUCUGUGUCUGUAGAGGAGAUUAUUGAGAAGGCGAUGAGACCAGAAGGUUUGGAAGCUAGGGUUAGCUCGCCUGGAGAAUCCAACGUAAGGUACCAUGUGGAGAAAACUGAGCAGGAAGAUGGAACAACUAAGACACAGAUUGUGUUGGAGUCCAAAGUGGAAGAAGAGCUUGAUUUGUCCGAGGACUCUGUACUGGAGGAUUUACUGAGCCAAGGGGUUAUGAAGGUGUCACUGGAAGAUAUCAAAGGAACAGCAACAGGAAGCAUGAUCCAGAACUUGCUGAGUGGCCUGCAGGCAAGUGGAAACUUGGAAAAUAAGUCUGUCAAUGUGGAAAUCAUUGAGGAACCGGUGGAGUCUUACAAUGAUGAGGAUCUUGAGUUUGAGUCGAGAUCUACUUUUUAUGAGCCCUCCUCAACAUAUUUUCAAAUUGAGGAGCUAGAAAAUAUCCCUCAUGAGGCUCAAGUUCCGAGGAGUGACCGUGAGGAGGUGACAGAUCACUUCAAAGGUGGGUUCGAUGUCCGGGAGGUUUCUAGACAGAGUGAAUCUUCAUAUUUCUCCCAUGAAGAGCCAGAUGAGUACUUUGUCUCCACACCAGAUGAUAAUCUUUCUGAAAUCGACGACGGUGGUGGCAUCACCUCAUAUGGACAUUAUGGUAUGGUAGAUGACCUGUCAGAUGAGAGGUAUUAUCAGGACGAAGGUCUUCCAUCCAAAAGAGUGAUUGUAGAGGAAAGUGAUGAAUACAAGUUCAUGUCAGAUGAUCACUCAUUUGUCAAGGAUAGUUUUCCAGAGUGCAUCAUUGAAGAGGAGGUUUGCGUCUCCCCUGUAGUGCAGGAGUCAAUGCUGGAGUUCCUGAGGGAGGACUCUUUGGAGCCCAGAGAGCAGCUAAGGGGAGCUCUGGAGAAGCUACAAAGCUCAGUGUCAGGUCCACUGAAGGAGGAGUUGGCUUUCCUCUCAAAAGUGAGUAGCGAUGGUUCACAGAAUGUGGAAGUCAAAAAGUUCACACAGUCAAGUGACAACGGCAACAUGACUAUAGUUGCAGAGCUCAACGUCUCGCAAAGUCUGGAAGACUCUGGGCUGCUGGAGGCAGAAGGUGAUAUGUCUGAAGAGCAGAUCAUGGCAGUGCUCAGAUCUUCUAACCCGGGACUUGAGAAAGCCUUCCAGGGGGGGGCAGGAGGGGGAUACAGCUUUAGAGUCUCCAAAGAAGAGGAUGUUGUGACUGGUGAAGAGUUUGAAGGCUUUACUAGCGAAGGAGGCUUUUCAUCUGAAGUCACUGAGAAACACAUCAAACUGGGCCCAUCAGAAAAGUCCUUCACCUUCCAGAUGGACGUAGAGGGCAGCCAUGCUGAGGCCACCUCAGAGCAGGAGCUGCUCUCUCAGGCCGUGCACAGCCCGGUGAAGAUCUCUCAUCAGAAAAGAGUUGCAACUGUCUACCUUGAAAGGCCGACAGAUGAUUAACAAACUAAGUGCUUACCAAUGCUACUAUUUUAAAGUGCAGCGGUUGUUUUAACACAGCGGUCCACACACAUAGCAUUAAUGCAGCAGACACUAUAAUAAUGAUCUAAGGCUUUGCAGUUAAACAUAUAUCAGAUUGAUUUUGGUGAGCUCACUGAUUAAUUUCAAUUAUUUAGUAACAUUUAGUAAUGUUUUUAUGGUAAUACAUUUUGCAAUAUUACUAUAAAAAAACAGCAUGGGGACUUGGACAUGGUUUACGUUUGUUAAAUACUGAUCCUCUUCCGCAUUGAUAUUUGUUAACAGUUAAUACAGAAUGCCGUUUAUUAUCAAAGAUGUUCAUUUAUUCUCUCUAGAUUUCUAUAUUUUUGUACUGACCCUUGCUGCACAUCUUAAACUGCCCAUUCUGCAGUUUACAACUCUCCACAUCAAGCCAACAACAUGUUGGAGUUCUGAGUUGCUGUGAACUGUUUGCUGAUUGAAGCUUUCAUUCUUUUUUUGUUAACUUUGGCUCGGCUGCCAAAUGAAAUGGUUUUAGUAUACUGCAUCUUGGAACACAGUCGUUUUUUUGAAGCAGUGGUCAGUGAUGUGUACAGCAUAUAGUGAAGCUUGGAGCUGAGAAUGGUAUAUAGUGUUGAAAAAAAGAGGGUAACUUGUCUUAAGAAACUUUGCAAGUCUGAAAGCUGCGAUUGAAGUGUGUUGAAUGUAAAUGUGACACUUAAAAGUGACUUUGAAGUAAAUAACUCAAGUUAUUUUAAGAAUAUUUAGCUUUACUCACAACUAAUGGCAAAUGUUGACUAAUUAUAAUUGUUUUUGCCUAAUAUACAACAAAGCCUAGUUACAUUAUCAAUGUAAUCUUUGUGGAAUGUGUCUUUACAUGGUGUGUAUCAUUAUCUUACAUCUCUAAUUCUACAACAGCAAACAUGUAGUUGGGGAGCUGGGAAUCUAUAAUGGAAAAUCAUACCAUUUAGAACACUAAAAUAGGGUUGUCAAUUUUAGAGGUUGAAAUACUAAGAUGAAAGGACGGAGUAAAAGAAAUGUAAUUAAAAGGAAACAGUGAUAGUGUUAACAUGUAAUCACAUGUAGCUUGAUGUACAGUAUGUCUUGUCGGGACGCCUUUUGGCUCGUAAGCAUUCGUUGGCGUCACAGUGUUGACAGGAAGGAUUCACCUUUGCUCGUACAUACGUGUGUCCAUGACCGUGAGUGACUAUUUUUGGAUCAGCAGCUUAGCGGCAUUGACUGCUCAUUAGGUUUUGUUGUGUGGCGUACUAGUUGCAGAGGCAGAAAUGGUCCACAGCGAUUACAGUUUAGUCGUGCACAUUUGUCUAAGUGUCUGCAAAAUGUACACUUUGUAACUAUUUAGUAAUUUCUUCACAGAUUGGCUUCUUGGCACUAUUAUGUUAAAGAAAUGUGCAAAAACACAAAGUUAAGCAUGAAUGCUUAAUAAUUAUGUUAAUUAUUAGAAAUACUCUGGAUGAAACUUCAAUUAAAAAGACUUGCAUUUAAGUGCACAGAAACAGCAUAUUUCCAUACAUUUUGUAAACUGCAGUAAUUGAAAUGAAAUAUGUACAUCAGUGCACUUAACUUGUGGCUUGAUUAGGAAUAUGUGCAUCUAUGUACAAAGUGUAAUCUGGAUAAUGUGCCAUUUAUUUGUAUUAAAAUGUUUUACAUCAGCAUACAGAACAUGUAUUGAUAUAUAAAGAAUGUUCAAUAUAUGUUAGUCAAACAUCAUUGCUUUUAUUGACAUAAUGAUUUAUAUUUAACAAUUGGCAUCAUUGCUUAUUUGGAAAUUGAUUAACACAAUUAAAAUCUAUUGUGAGUAUGA